UGUUCGCGAAGUUUCCGGCGUCCACCAUCUUAGCAUCACGUUUGGCACGAGAGAGUCGCAUAUUUUCCACGGUUGUACAGCUGAUUAAAGUGUUUAAUUAUCGGUGAAAGUUACAAAAAAGUUAUCAAAAAUGAGCUACGGUAGGCCACCACCUCGUAUAGAUGGUAUGGUGUCCUUGAAGGUGGAUAAUCUGACGUAUCGAACAACGCCGGAGGAUCUGAGACGCGUGUUCGAGCGCUGUGGCGAGGUUGGGGAUAUUUACAUUCCUCGCGAUCGUUUCACCCGUGAAAGCCGAGGUUUCGCAUUCGUCAGAUUCUACGACAAGCGAGAUGCUGAAGAUGCAUUGGACGCUAUGGAUGGAAGACUUUUGGAUGGCAGGGAGCUGAGAGUACAGAUGGCGCGUUACGGACGACCAACAUCACCCCAUCGCAGCCGUGGAAGUCGUCGCCGUGGAAGAUCACGUAGCAGUGGCAGGGACCGUAGACGUUCACGUUCCAGGUCACGGUCUAGGUCUCCCAGCCGUGAUAGAGGUCGAAAGCGUUCUUACAGUCGUAGUCGCAGUCAUUCCCGUUCGGACAGCAAGAGCUCCCGCGGCAAGUCACAUUCUCGUAGCAAGUCGGCUGAAAGACAAAAGGAUAGCCGCUCCAAAUCAAGGGAUUGAAGAUGAUUUGGCAUGAUGGGUAUAGCAGGGAACUGAUGGGUGCGCUCAGUUGCAAAAGCAGUAAAGCAUUCUGACAAAAAAUAAAGGUAUUCCAUUAUACUCUGUACCUAAGCCACAUUACCAUGUUCACAUCUUUCUAUCAUUUAUAUUACCUACAAUGACGCACUUCAAUGGGUUUGAAAGAAAACCCAGGUUAAUUUUAAUGUAUUAUACUUAGACUACUACAUUAUCAAUGACUUGAGAAACCUUCAAUUCUCAAAAUUACAAAGUCAGCAGUUGAUUAUUGUCGCUGUCUUAGAUUGCACCUUGAAUUCUCUUCCGUUACUAAAAAUAAAAUACAUUAUUUGCCAUCCUUUGUUGUAUUGAAUAUUGGUCCGACUGUCUUGGCACGUUCUAACUAUUUUUUGUGCAAUCUAAAAUAGCACGAUAAUAACGUAUCUCGACGCCCUAGAACUACAGUUACGCGUGAAUACCCUUCAGCCGUUCACAUUUCUUACCUCUUAUUGUAUUCCGUAUUUUUGUAUAACAAGUUCAAAGCGAUUAAAAAUUCAAUGCUUUCACUUGGCAUUUCUGUAGUACCUCUCAAUAAAAAUCGCACUUGCGUUAAAGUUUCACAUAAAACGGGACUUUUUAAGUUGCCUGUUUUUUCGAAUUAUCUGUUGAACUUUUUCGUAAAAACUGAUUAACGUUCUAUCCACUUGGGAACGUAUACUAAAUUGUGUAGUUCAAUACAAAUACAAAUAGAUUUUGUGCCAGUUUUUCGAUAACAAACUCAUCAAUUUUUUUCGUUCAUCAAAUUUUCAAAUAUCUAUAGAUCCAGACUUGCCAUAUAAUGCAGGUGUGAUUAAAAAGAGUGCAUUUGUUUGAAAACAGCUAGUUCACACAUAAGUCCACUCCUCAAUACUUUUUGGUACAAAAAAUACACGAUCUGAAAGAAAGAUUACGUUAAAAUUUAAAUCUGCUAUACAACUUUGGACCGAUAAUUGAGGAUUAUCCAGAGUUGAAUAAACAUCAUGAUUUUUUAAAUGUAGCUAGUCGAUAUUGACUUGGUUUUAUCUUUUCCGAGAACAUACGAACUUCAACUCGCAUUAGAAAGCUAGCAAGGAUUAUGAUGUGUCCAACCGUUAAAUUUAAGUUCAAUGUUCUGUAGUGCGAUUUACAGGUUUGUUUGUGUAAGUUUGCCAUUUAUAAUAAAGUAAAUUAUGCUGCGAAGGCCGAAAUUUUUGCCUGAUGUUGAAUCAACUAAUAAUCAAUGUACAUAUAUAGAUCUAGCAAAUUGUAAUCGCCCUAUCGGUAUGUCACGAAAAUAUUAUUUUCAGUGAAUCUUAUUAUUAAUGAUUGGAUAAUUAUUGUGGUUUAUCAGCUAAUAUUCUAUAACCAACUUCUCAGCAAUAUGAAUAACAGUAAUAACGUAAUUUAGAAUAUAAAUGGUUGCCUUUGUAACGUCAGAAAACGUCAACAGUUUGUCAAUUUGGAUACUUCUGAAAUAAUCUGUUCGUAAUUUAAAAUCUUACUUAAAUCAGGACCAUGUAAUUAUCAGACUUUCAAAUUUCAAUGUCGGGUUCAAAAUUUAUAUGCUGGUAUGCUUUUACAUUGGAUAUGAGCAUUUAAAUAAAGGCGAUUGUGAUGCAGUUAA